AUGGAGGUGAAAGCAAGAAUGCAGCGAAAGGGACGCGGUGGCGAGUGUGUUAUUCAGUUUCGGGCGGGAAAGAUGAUCUACAGGGAAGGCAAAGUGGAACCAGAUCGACGUAGAGGGACCUUGUCUUUUUUUAAGAUGCCAAACAACGAUGUGAAAAUGACUUGGAUUUCAGGAAAUGACGAAGAGCAGCACAUACUUCCGCGCGGCGAAGUCAAGUUCAGCCAGGUAGAGAAGUGCACUACGGGAAGAGUAUUUUUAUUCGACUUUGGUACCAAACGGCCUCCGAUUUUCUUUUGGCUCCAGGAAAAAUCAAAUGAAAAUGAUUCCGUAUAUAUUUCUACAAUACACGAACUAAUUGGUGAAGAUAAGCGACUGAAUGAUCGAACACGGGCUGAGCUUGACGUUGUCCUGCAGGAUAUUCUUCGAACUAUGCAAAAUGGAAGGGAACAAGAUGUGGAUCUUGUCGAUGUCAUUGGGUCGAAGAAGCUUCUUGACGCAUUACAUGAAGAUCCGGCCUUUUUCAUGUAUAAGCUGCAUCAGUUUCUUCCCGAGGGGACCGAUCCAACGGUGGAUGUAGUGGAACAGGUGAGAAAUCCGCAAGUUUCUGCCGCAGCAGCUAAUUUAGGCUCGCUUCUUCGUAAUCCUCUUGGUUUCCGCGAAAUUUGCACGGCUUUUGGGGUUAGUGCAUCCAACCCUGGUGUAUUUGGGUUUCUUUCUGGAGUUAUUAAACUCUUUAAAAAGUAA